UCUGCAUGUACACACGCACCGGUGGCGGCGCUGGACGCAGAUGCCAUGACAGCAUGAUCCGUGUCUAACGGGAGAGGGUGUUGUCUACAUGGAACCACAACACUGAUGAGAAUCCACGACCUUUAAACUGGAUUUCACAGAAUAACGGUGCAGCCGGGGAAGCGCCUAUCGCAUUAGGGAAAGCAAGAAGAAGACGUUUGGUUUGUUUAUCUGGGAGAGAUCAGCGCAUCUGGAGUCGAGUAGAAACAAUCUUUUACAGGAUGCAAAGGGGUUUCUCUGAGCAACAAAGAUGAGUGUGACAUCAUGGUUCCUGGUCAGCAGCUCUGGUACUCGUCACCGUCUGCCACGGGAAAUGAUCUUUGUUGGACGGGAGGACUGCGAGCUCAUGCUGCAGUCUCGGAGUGUGGAUAAACAGCAUGCGGUUAUCAACUAUAACCCUGCCACAGAUGAGCACCUUGUGAAGGAUCUUGGAAGUUUAAAUGGGACCUUUGUGAAUGACUUGAGAAUUCCAGACCAAACAUACAUAACCCUCAAGCUGUCGGACAUCGUUCGUUUUGGAUAUGAUUCACAUGUGUAUAUUCUCGAGAAGAGUCAACAUAAAGUCCCCGAAGAGGCCCUCAAGCAUGAGAAGUACACCAGUCAGCUGCAGAUGGACAUAAAAUCUGCAGAGGGGAAGCAACAGAACCUGCAGGAAGAAAAGACCAAACUAGAUCGUUCUGAACGCAAGAGUCUCACAGAGUCCCCUGUCCCCCGGCCAACACCAUUGUAUGGACAGCCAUCAUGGUGGGGUGAGGAGGACUCUGGGAACAAGGGAGCACACAAUGAAGUACAAAGGUCAGGGGAUAAUCAUUCAGAGAUCACAAAGGAGAUAGCUGAGGAUGAAUUUAACGUCUCUGUUCAAGAGAUCCGUGACGGCCAGGCCAAGUCAACCUACCUGUACCAUCGAGAGCCCAGCUAUUUUGAAAUUCCAACAAAGGAGUUCCAUAUGCAACCCAAGUCCCCAACGACGGAUUUGAUUGACAUCCCAACCAAAGACACCAAUGUUUCUCUGAUUUCUACUCCUCCAGUUGUCCAAAGUCAUGCUUCUUUUACUAUCGAGUUUGAUGACUGCAUGCCAGGCAAGAUUAAAAUCAAGGAUCACGUGACCAAGUUCUCCUCUCGUCAGCGUAGCAAGCAGCUGCAGCCCAGUAAUUCUCUGGCAGCCACACCCACAGAGGUUCUGUCAGCUGAGAGCAAGGUGGCAGAUUGGCUUGUGCAGAGUGAUGUCAGCAUGAUGUGCAGGCGGCCACCCUGCGAGGAUGUGUACAGCACUAAGAGUGACUUAGCAAUGCAUAUUCGGACACUUAAAGGACACCAUCAUGAUGAUGGAACCCAGAGUGAUUCAGAAGACCCUGUACUGAAUGGAAAACGCAGCAAGUCACAUCAUUCCAUGCAAUCACAAUCAUCAGUACAGUCACAGCAGUCAGCUCAAUCAAAGACAUCUGAACCAUCAGAAUCAGUUCUGUCCCAGCCAUCUGUCUCAAUGCAAAAAACUCAUCAUCCUCAGUCAGUCUCACCACACAAACCCCAUCAAGGCGAUCUUGAUGAAAGUGAGGCUCAUCCUGUACAAGAAGCCUCCUCCCCUCUCCAGACAGAGGUUAAGCCCAUUCCCCCUGAGCCUCACACCCAGCAGGCCUUCAUCAUUGAGUUCUUUGAUGAUAAUCCCAGAAAGAAGCGGUCACAGUCCUUUACCCACAACUCUGCGCAUGCUGACUCCUACUCUGCAUUGAAGGCCAAACUAGAGAGACGCAAAGGUCUGGGUCAUGGGGAAAGGCCAGCCUCAGUGCAUGGGCAUCUUCCUCCAACACAGCAAAUCACUGUUCCACUGAAAGGUUCAAGCCAUGGAGGUUCACAGCGAUCAAGCUCACUGAAGAGAGAGAAGACAGAAGACAAUGGGACCAGCACAUCUUUAUUAGGGACCUCUUCUCGCUCUUCACCAGCUAUAACCAUUAAGCCUUUUGGGAGUGUGGGCAAGAAGUCCAAUCUUGCUCAGGAAUUUACUGCAGAGUUCUUGAAGGAUACAGGAAAAACUUCCCCACCUCCCUUGUCUGCCCCACCUGUGAUGGUAUCCCCCUCACACACUCUUUUACCCUCCCCAGCAGAGCCCUCUGGACCCUCAUCUCUGUCGUACCCAUCUUCUCCUUCUCAACUUCCUGCAUUAUCCCAGUCUCUUCUCCCAAUAUCCUCCACUGCCUCCGUCCCUUCGCAAGCCCCUGGAAGGGGUCCAGUUUCUAGUGCCUCCCCAGUCUGCUCAGCUGGGACAUCUGUGCCCCCGUUUUCACCACUAUUAGCUAGUGAUGUUGAAACUAAGGGCUCAAGGGUGACACGAACUGAGGAGGAGGACAGUCUGAGUGAUGCUGGUACCUACACAAUUGAGACAGAGUCACAAGAUAAGGAAGUGGAGGAAGCUAGAAGUAUGAUUGACCAGGUGUUUGGUGUUUUAGAUGCACCAGAAUACAGUGGUCAGACUCUUGGAGUUUAUAGGCCUGUGAUUGAUGAUGGUAAAGAUGACCAACUAUUCUUUAAUCAUAGCCACGGUAUGGCAGCUGAUAUAAUGUCGACAUCAUCACAGGGCCAUGGUGGGGACCAAGUCAAAUCACUGCAGGCACAUUCUGGUGUAGGAGAGCCUAAAUGGGUGUCACGCUCACGCUGGGCCAGCCUAGCAAACGCUUAUAGUGAUCCUGGGGCUACACAAGGAUCUAUGGGAAUUCCAUCCAAAAAUGGGCCUGCGGACAGAGAUGAUAGAGUGACAUUAAUGAUUAGUCCAAGCUUGGAUAUCUCGGAAUCAGACGGCAGUCAAGGUUUCAGGACCAGACGACAACUUCCUCAGGUUCCACCAGGAGAAAAACUGGAGAACACAACCCCUAGCAUCUUGAUCCGGCAUGAAACUAACGUGGACCAUGAACCACCAGAGAAAGGUUCUAGAGCACCACAGCAGCAGGACUGCAAUCAGAGGCUACGUGUCCAAGACGAUGUGGACCCAGACAGUCUGAGUGACACCAGCCGUUCAGAUGACAGCUCCAUCCUUGAUAGGAGUGGAAGGAGCCAAGAAAAGAGAGGAACUUCAAUACCCUCACCUUCUGAAAAUGUAAACCAUUCUAGAGGGUUAAGAGAGAUGCCACCACCCACUCCCAAACCCACCUCAUUUUAUAUUGGUUCUGGAGAUGGUUCAUCCAAGUCAGAUGCAUCCAAAAGUCCAAUUCUUUCACAGCCAGAGAGAGACUUCUCUCCCAAGAUACCUCCAACCACUGUCUUGAUACGACAUUUGAGUGGCCAUGAGUCUAGGCGUCCAGUGAAGCCCAACUCGUCAGCCCCGAACCUUCAGGCACAUAACAGGGAUGUGGUGCCCACCAAAGAGACCUCAACCUCAUUUGUUCGACAGGAGAGUUUUACCAAAGAUAGGCCAAGUGACAACAUUCAAGUCAAGAAACUACCACAUAUCUCUAGUCAUCCUGCUUUGAGAAGCUUGGAUACAGAGGAAACUGUCCAAGAUACAUUUCCCUUUCCUAAGGAAGCAGAGAAAUCAUUGGCAUCACCAGAAGAGAAGUUUCCUGGAUCAAGUCAACGCUCAAAAACAGGAAGCUCUCCUGCACAAGAGGAUUCCCUGUCUGGUGAUUCAGAUGUUGAUACUGCCAGUACUGUAAGCAUGGUCAGCAGUAAAAAUGCUCAUGUCAUUGCACCUAAGAAGCGUACAUCUGCAAGUGACCAGCGUAAGGAGAAAUCAUCUUCCGGUUUAACUGCAAAAGACAAAGCACGGCAACCUACAGCACGUGAACGGUUAUCAGAAAAACGCAGAAAUCAUGCCUCUGCAGAUAAUACUAGUAAGGCUGAAAUGAGUCGCCGUCUCCAGCUUCGUCGCAGUGCUGGUAACCGUGGUUCUUUAGACCUUUCUGAUAAUCAGCAUGGUCAACCGCUGUGGCAUGAAGCUGCUGCUUCUGACCAUGAGUCAAGUUCACGGCCCAACAGCCGCAAAAAACUCACUGCACCCCUGCAGAAGGAGGACCCCAGUAAGGUGACCAAAGGAAGCCCUCAGGUGCUGACCCGAUCCAAUAGCCUUUCAGCCCCAAGACCAACCCGUGCCUCGAUGCUCCGCCGAGCUCGACUAGGUGAGACCUCAGACAAUGAGGGUGCAGAGACGGACCGUGCAUCUCAGAGCUCCGACCACAGUAAGACUCCUGCUGAAGGCAAGAAACUCUCAAGGCUGGACAUUCUUGCUAUGCCUCGGAAACGAACUAGAUCCUUCACUGUUCCAAGUGACAAUGAAUCCACCUCAAGCAAGCAUGGCAUUUCUAACCAUCCUACAGAGGCGAGUAGCAGUGCUAGGAAAGGGGCUUCAAAUGAGGUGAGGCAGGCUCCCGGCAAAGGGACUGCUUCAGUAGGGAAACACUCCUCCACGCGUACCCGCUCUAACCAAGUUAAACACAGUAGCACAGCUGGUUCCCACCGUAGACAAAAGGAUUCAGACUAUUCCUCUACCUCAGAGGAGGAGUUUGAGACCAAAUCCAACUCUAAGCAAAAGCGUUCCCAUGCCUCAGCUUCAACUCAGACACAGACACCACAGAAGACUGUUCAAAUGAGGCUGAAAUGUGUCUCUUUGGAAACGGAAGAGGACGAAACUCAGAAUGAACACUUCCAGAAUUGGUCUACUCAUAGUGCAGAGAUUGCCAGGCUGAGUCAAGACCUGGCCAAAGAUCUUGCCAUUCUUGCACGUGAAAUCCAUGAUGUAGCAGGGGAUGGUGACUCCCAGACAUCCUCAGGCUUAGGAGCUACCACUUCCCCUGGCUCCAUGCCAAAUACCCCUGCAUCCACUAUCUCGACCAGAGAGGAGAGACCAUAUGCAUCAUUACAGAGGUUCCUGUUACCUCAGCUGGUACAGCAUAUACCCGAGGCAAGUCUGAACUAUCAAAAGGUUCCUCCAGGCUCAACUAGUCCAAUAGACCAGGACUCAAAUAUGAACGACCAUGACAGUUCCAGACGGCGUCCCUGGAACCGUGAAGAGGUAAUUCUGGACAAUCUAAUGCUGAACCCAGUCUCCCAGCUCUCCCAGGCUAUCAGAGAGAACACAGAGCAACUAGCAGAGAAAAUGAAAGUUCUGUUUCAUAACAAGACUGAAGUCUGGGAGGAAAUAGAGGCAAAAAUCAAUGCUGAAAAUGAGGUUCCUAUCCUGAAGACAUCUAAUAAGGAAAUCUCAUCUAUUCUCCAAGAACUGCGACGAGUCCAGAGACAACUUGAGGUGAUCAACACUAUCGUUGAGCCUGGAGGAAUCCUAAAGAUGCCCCCUAUGGCACCUUCUCCCAGGGGAAAAACCAAAUCUGCUUCCAAGGAGUUUACCAGCCCCACGUCUAGUAAUGCCAAUGCAAGUGCAAAGCGAGGUCCCAAAGGGCCCGAGGGAGGGCGAUAUGUAGUAUAAGCAUAGUAAACAACUGCACAUUUCUUUGGAGACUGCAAUAUUUGUGGCGCAUCUGUAAAAGUAUUGUAAGACUACCUGUGGUGCAAAUAUGCGUCAUAUGCUUUCUCUAAGACUGCGGACACACUUCACAAGCUAAAGUAGGUUGUAAACAUUGUUCUUUUCAACAAUUGUAAUCCGUGGCUUGCUUGAGCGAUUGUCCAUAUGCCAUGUUGUCAUUCAUGAUUGAGUGAAUGCGUGAGUGUUGUGUUGCCGUCUGUUUUGAAAACCAUUGUAGCAUUCAAUCCACUUUCCAACCCAAUUCACUGUCAAUCAUGAAAUGCACUUGGCUGCUACAAAUCUACAGCAUGACAAAAAGGGUGAAUACACAAUACUUAGUGCUUGCCUUCAACACGGGCAUAGACAUUAGCUUGCUUUGCCAGAAAAGAAAAAAAAAGAUUUACCAGUUGUUUUAGAUAUAAUGCUAUCGUGCUAUAAUGCUAUUAAUGGAAUAUUGCUACUUCUGAGAAUAUGGCUACUGUUGAAUUCCCAGAUAUAGCAAGUUAAAAUAUUGUUAAUAGUAUCAAAAAUAUUGUUAAAAGUAAUCAACCUUUGGCAUAAAUGUUUAUACGGUGACUGGAAGGGGAUAUGUUUGGUUCACUUUUGUAGUAGCCACGAGUUCCUAUGUUGAGAUCAUUUUUUGAAAAUCUAAUAAAAAAAUAAAAAAAUAAACCCGUGGCAACAUUUUUAAAGUAACCCAAUUCCAUAGGAAAACCACAGACUUUGUAAAACUGUGGUAUUGACACAAAUUUCAACAUCGAUUCAUUUGGUUAUA